AGACAAGAAUAGUUGUUUAGUCGUCACAAAUAUUUAAAGUGCAUCUUGAAAUUUAUAUUACAUAAACAUAGGCUUAAUGUUUUGUUGAAAAUAAUGACAUUCUAUCUUCUUAAGACCAUUUAAAUGGUUUAUUUUUGGCGCGAAUUCAGAUUAUUUGUGAAAUACAUGUGCAACUCAGAGGUCACCACAAUCAUAAAUCAGUCCAUAUUGAAAUGACUACAAUUCAGUGUAAUGUACACUAUUUUAAGAUUUUAUAACCUCUAGAAAUAUGAGUAAUGAAAAUAAACAUAAGCUAUUUUGUUGUGAUCAUAAUAAAAACAGAUAAGAAAUGGAUCACGAAGAAGAAUUUCUUAAUACAUUUUUUGCUCAAGUUGCUCAAUUGUGUACUGACAAAGCUAAAGAAUUAGUUGAAAAGGAACGUGGAUCAUGUCGUCAAACACAAAUGGGCCCAUGGGGAAUGCUACUUAUGCAUUUACCACAAAUAGCAGUAGCAGAACAUUCAUAUGCAGAUCUAGGUUUCCUCCAUACUAAAAAUAAAGGAUUUUUGCGGAAAGAUAACUCAUUAAGAACAGUAUAUGAAUCUUUGAAAUCUGAUCUAAAAAGGGUAGAGGAAAUGACCAGAGGAACCAAUUCAAUUGGUGCAACAGUUGCUGAGGUUUCUAAUCAACUGUGUCAAUAUAUUACUGCGAAAAUACAACUGAUAGAUUUUUAUGAAAAAAUGUACAAUAUGAGUAUCAAUAGCAAAACUAUGAAAUAUCAGGAAUUAUUACAAUGCAUUGAAGGAAUAGUAGAAAUUCAUUCCUUGUCUUGUUCGCAUCUAGCACUAACUGCUAUUAAAGCAAGUUUAACUUUAGAGUGCGAAAUAUUAGUGCAAUUAACAAAGGCACAAGUUGAACUUCAACAUUGGAGAUUUUUAUCAACAUUAAUGGCUCUGUAUGGUGCACAGACAAGAAUGUCAGCUUGGGAGAGAACUUUACAAAGUAAAGAGUCAUGGAAACUGGGUUUCAGUGCCUCAUUUUUAAAAGCAAAUCAACAACCAGCAUUGUAUCAAUGGUUAGUGAAACUACGUAGUAGCAUAUUAGCUAAGUGCUCUUUAUAUUUUCAUACUACUUUAAGUCAGCAGGCUAGUCCAGGAGAAAUGAGAAGUAUCAUGAGCAAGCAAAAUGUGGACUACUACCAUAAAAUACAAAGCUUUCAACGUAAACACGACGUCCUCGCAGUCUUAAUAAUAUUUGACUCUAGGGGAGUAGAAGAUGCAGGUCUGGGUUACAGACAUCCACGUAGAGAACCAAAUACUUCUGAACAAUUUCCUGUUGUUCUUAGUUGUCCUAGCGUAUUUGUACAAAAGCCAUCAAUUCACUUAGAUCACAUACAAAAACGAAUUAAAGAACGACAUACGGAACUUCUUGCUAUGGAUAAGAUUAUAUAUUAUAAAAAUGUAAAAGAUAUAUGUACAUAUGCCAUGUAUAAUACCGAUCUUAGAAUGACUUUAGUCACUGUAUUUGAAAGUGGUAAACAAAAAGACAAAGAAGCUCACAUAGCAUCAUUUAUGACAGACUUAUGUGUGCAAAUUAGAUGUAAUAAAAUAUAUGAGUUGUUAAAAUUAUCAAAAUGAGGAAUCACAUAUAUACGUAUAAAAAUGUUAAAAUACCACCAAAGAUUAUAAGGAGAAAAAGAAUCAAAAGUUAUUUA